AUGCCAGAGGCAAUUCUUAUAAUUUGUGACAAUAUCAAAUCAGAUAGCUUUUCAAGAACAGAUCUCUUAGCCAAAGGAAUUGUUUAUAAUAAAUCGAUUAGAAAUAACCAGAAGGAUAUUUAUAAAAUACUAAAAAAAAGAAAUUUAUUCAAUAAGUUAUUAUUAAGUAAGGAUGAUAUCAAAUUUGCCAAAUAUAAACUCUCAAAUCCAUCAAAAGAAUUUAUUAAAGCAUUUGUAACAGAUGGGAAUCUGAGAAUUGGUGAAAAUGAUGAAAAGAGAUUACAUUGUUCUUUGAUUAGUUUUAUGUGUAAAUUUAAGGAUGAUAUCAAAUUUGCCAAAUAUAAACUCUCAAAUCCAUCAAAAGAAUUUAUUAAAGCAUUUGUAACAGAUGGGAAUCUGAGAAUUGGUGAAAAUGAUGAAAAGAGAUUACAUUGUUCUUUGAUUAGUUUUAUGUGUAAAUUUAAGGAUGAUAUCAAAUUUGCCAAAUAUAAACUCUCAAAUCCAUCAAAAGAAUUUAUUAAAGCAUUUGUAACAGAUGGGAAUCUGAGAAUUGGUGAAAAUGAUGAAAAGAGAUUACAUUGUUCUUUGAUUAGUUUUAUGUGUAAAUUGUAA